AAAGCAGCAGCCAUGUUAUACGCUUGUGUACAUGUUUUUAUAUUUUAAGUAGCAAGCGAGGGUUUUGUUUUUUAGUUUGUAGAUUUUAUCCAUUUAUUGUGCAUAAAUUAAACACAGAAUCUUGCUGAAUGUGUCGCUGAAGAUCUUUUUGUCUCGGAUGUCAGUGACACCGAUUUAAUUAAUGGACUCCCACAUCAUCACCCCAGGUCCUUAUAGAGCCACUAAACUGUGGAAUGAAGUGACCAAGCUGUUCCGGGCUGGGAUGCCUGUAAAGAAGCAUCGGCAGCACUUGAAGGUUUAUCUGAACUGCUUCACUGCCACCACAGCUGUAGACUGGUUACAUGACCUCCUCAGAAACAACUGUAACUUUGGACCUGAGGUCACCAGGCAGCAGACUGUCCAGCUUUUAAAGAAGUUCUUAAAAAAUCACGUCAUUGAGGAUGUGAAAGGACGAUGGGGUGUGGAGGACCUGGAGGACAACAAUCAGCUCUACAGGUUUCCACCAACAUCACCACUGAAGCCGAUCCCUGCUAGUUCUCAAGGUACAAAGAAAAGGAGUUUGUCUUUGAAGGAUGGAGAAGGCUUCUUCAAAUUGAGAGGGUCCAAGAAAUUUGACAAAGAAAGCCAAGAAAAUAUAGCUCCAGCAGUAGAAGGUUCUUCCAACGACUCAUCCUUAGAAGAGGCUCGACACUGUCGAGAAAUCACAGAAAAAGAAAUUCAGGAUAUUUGGAAGAAUGUAGCAUUAACACAUUUACAGAAGUUGUUGGGUUUGCCAUCUCUGGAAACUGUUUUGAAUCCAGCAGGAGUCAGUUCUCACUUCAUUAUGUACAACAUGACCAAAGUGAACAAGCAUGGAGUUGUUACCCUGGACGAUAAAACCGAGGAUCUGCCUCACUGGGUUUUGUCCGCUAUGAAAUGUCUCGCAAACUGGCCAAAGUUUGACCAGCCGUCUUACCCAGGCUUUGAGAGAGAUGUCUUCAAAUCAGUGUCUGACUAUUUUCACAGUCUUCCCCAGCCACUGCUGACAUUUCAGUACUAUGAAUUGUUUGUCAACGUUCUGGUUUUGUGCGGUUAUGCUACAGCUCCCACUACUCAGCGUGGAAAGCGUAAAAGCCUGGACGAGCUGAGCUGUCCACAGCCAGCUAAAGCACCUCAUCUGAACUCUGCCAAUGCAUUUAGAUCCACUGAGUGCCUUUUGCUGAGUUUGAUAAGAAAGGAGUCCUUUGAGGAGGCGGAGUCCCCGAUGAAAGAGGUGUUUGCCACUAAAAUGAACACCCAGGUUGCGGGCUCCAGGGCACACUCCUCCAAUGGACGUCUACUUAACAGGUUUCCGCGCAGGAGCUGCUCUUUGGAAAGAAUCCUGGAUGAAUCUGAAGAUUCAUGCCCAAAGUGGCAGCUCUUCAGGUCUGCUGAAAGUCUAGCAUCCAUCAGGACUAACAGCACUGACCGUUCUUCCUCUCAAGGAAGUUCUCCAGCAGAUAUGGAGUCUAAACAUGAUGUUUUUUCCUCCAUAUCCUGUAACCCCUCUUCAAGUGAGACUUCUCAAAGCAACAGCAGCUCAAGCUCCCAUCUCGCCUCAGAAUGUCAACUCACCAGUCAGAGGAUUACCAAGCCUCGGCCCAGAAGCAUCGGGAACUGUCUUGAUAUAUCGGAGCACAGAGAAAUGUCAGCAAGUUGCUUUAGCAUCAAUGCACCAAUAGCAGAAAUUACUAUGAGACCGGACUUGUCCUCCUCUACCGUUAGUCUUCGAGGUCCUGGAUUGGUCCGUUUGCAUGGAAGUUGCUUGGAUGUCAACAAAGGGCCAAGCAAUAGCAGACGUUAUCACAGCUCUCUGGAUCUGUGCAAGCCUGUUGUGCUGUCUCGUCCCUCAAUGUCUUCUGUUGCACGUCGCCUGAGUCCUGAACAAAGCUUGCUGCAGCCUGCGUUGGAGCGUCUCGCCAUCGAGACACUGCAGCUGUGCACCCUUCUCCUUCCUCCAGUUUCUCGCCGCAAACUGCAGCUGCUCCUGCGCAUGAUCUCGCGCAUGAGCCAGAACGUGGACAUGCCUCGGUUGCAUGACACCAUCGGCACACGCACACUGAUGGUGCAAACAUUCUCUCGCUGUGUCUUGAGCUGUGAGGAGGAAGUAGAUCUAGAUGAGCUCUUGGCCACCAGGUUGCUGUCCUUUUUAUUGGACCAUCAUCAAGAGGUACUCCAGGUACCCAUGUACCUGCGUAAUGCUGUCGAACAACAUAUCGCCCAUCUCAGAUCAGAGAACAAACACCCCCUUCCAACGUACACAUUCUGCAAACAGAUCAGCACUCAGGAGUUUGAGGAGCAGAAGUUGUCUUUGUCUCAAGCAGCUGUUGCAGAGCUGCUGGAGAGCAUCAUCAAGGACAAAGGCAUGUCAGCCAAGGAGAGGAAGAAGAAACUCAGACUGUUUCAGAAGGAGUAUCCUGACAUCUACUCUCGCCGCUUCCCCACCACAGAGAGCGAGGCACAGCUUUUUGCAGAUAAACCAAAGAUCAAACCACCAAUGUUAAUUGGCAUGAGGAAAGUUAAAGCAUUUAGCAUUCGAAACUGAAUACCUCUGAAAAUGUGUUGUGUGUGUCGUGGUUAUGUCAUGGAUGCUUUCAGAUUAUGGGUCUUGUGUUGACUGGUCAUUGUUAUUGGAGUUCUUUGUAAGCUCUUGCUGUUGAGGGUCAAACAAAUUGCAGAUAUUGUGUUUAUCUCACCUAGUAAGAGAAGGGAAACAGAGUAGAGCAAGUGAUCUAUGUGACUGGGAUUAAUAUUAAGUUAUACUAUUGCCUGGGAUUGUAGUGUUUUUAUGUCACUCCAUUUUAACUGAAAAAUCUGGUAGGGUUUUUUUUUUUUUUAAAUAAACCUGGGACCCAUUUUUCUAUCUCUUUGGUUCCAGAUAUUUACAAGGGACAAAAACGAUUGAAAUUGGUCCAGUAUUGAUUUAGAACGCUAUAACUGGCAACUGCAAAACAGAUAUACAAUGUAAUCCUACAGGCCAAACAUCCGUGUCAAACUAAAUCACUUGUUUUGGCCACUGACAGGCUCAUCAUGUUGUGUGUGUGUGUCUGACAACAUGGAAGGAAGCUUUCCAGAGAUGCAUCUCUGUCUGUUUACCUCAAUAACUGUAAAGAAACUGUAGAAAAUGACUUUCUAGAGCCCUUAUUUUACCUUUCUCCUCUUCCAGUCACUUCAGUGGUUUUGUAGGAUUACAUUAUACAGCCAUGUUGCGGUUGCCAGUUGUACAACUCUAACUCAAUACUGGACUUAUUUUUUUGUCCCUGUUUGGACCCAAAAUCUGGGGCCCCGGUUAAAAAUCCCAGAAUUUUCCUUUAAUGGGUGAUGGUUCUUUUUGUUUGUUUGUUUUUUCCCUCAUUUUAUAUAUGUUAUUUAUUUUAUGCACAUAAUUGCUUUGCAUUCAUGGGAGCUAUAAAACAGUUUAAUUUGGUGUCAUUUAAGUUAGUUUUAAUGUUCUCUGUUCAUAGCUUGUGUAAUUUUAACUCUGGUGCCUUUGGGAAACUAAGCCUCUCUAACUGGAGCCAUAGGUGAGUAGGAUUUUACAUGAAAUGUUUACAAAAGUGUGACUAGCUAUUCAGUUAAGCAACAUUGCUUAUGAACCAAAUGAAGGUAUGUCUUUAUUUUAUGAUGUUUUGUUAGUCUAUUUUAUUUAUAUUUUAUCAGCGUCCCCCCCCCCCCAAUGUAACCAUUUUGUCCCCCAUAUUUUAACUGAUGUGUUCUUAUUAGUUUGUUGUGAGCUCAUUUCUGUUUUACCAUUCAAUAUGAAUUCAUGCUGAAUUGGCACCAAAAUUCCAGCAUAGUAACUUUUUUUAAAAAGUAAAUUCACGCUCCACAUUUCCAUGAUAGAAAAACUAGCAGUUGAUACCAAGUCUUUGCUUUAUGAUGGGAUACAUUUUUAAGUUUGAACAUUUGGUUUCAACCCACUAUGCAAUGGAAAUGAUUAUUGCACUAUUGUCAUCUGUCAGUUUAAAAGACAUCACAAUAGUUUGUGAACAUUUAGAGAAGAUUUUAGCCUGACAGUAGUAUUUUAAUAUUACUUUUUAGUAUUUGCUUGAGUACAUUGUUUUUGAUAUUAAAAUAUAAUUAAAAAUUAAAUUUCUUUAAUCUGCUAUUGAAGUCUGCUCUGGGCCAGGCUUUCCAAAAAAAAAAAUUUGCUAUGAUUGCUACUGAACUCAGUGAUGAAGUGUGAUCAUGAGCAAUAUUCAUGGUGCGAUGCUUUUGAUUUACACAGUUUGAUUAACUGUGCCCAACUUUUGUGACAUACGAUUUCUAUGGAACUUAUGCUAUGCAAUAAAAGAAAAGUAAUUAUUUUGUG